AGGAGGUGCGAGGCGACUAGCGGUUGUUGCAUGGUCAGCUGCAGUCAGCGUUCUGUGCUCCUCCUGCGGCCCAGGUGACCAUGGCGGGGGUGGCAGUGCUAUUUCAGAAGACCACCAAGGCAUUCCAGGAUUACCUGACCAGGACCCACUUCUGGGGUCCUGUGGUCAACUGGGGCCUUCCACUGGCUGCCUUUAGGAACAUGAAGGCGCUGCCCAACAUCAUCAGUGGCCGCAUAAUGACGCUUAUCUUCUACUCCAUGGCCUUCAUGAGAUUCGCCUACCGGGUCCAGCCUCACAAGUACCUGCUGAUGGCAUGCCACUGUACCAAUGUGAUGGCAGAGAGCAUGCAGGCAAGCAACCGCCUCAACUACCACUAAAGCCAACACCGGCAACUUUCUGGUCUCCAAGCUCAAACAAGCUUAAAGGCUGGGGGGCUUGACCCAGUAUUUGCAGCUUCCAAGCACUGGACUCUACUCCUCCUAAAGAAAGGCCAAGGAAAACUUUGGUUGGACUCUCAAACAGUGCAAACCUAAUUUAAACCUGCAGUUUGGUUAAUUUAAAAACAAAACAUCAAGUUG